CCAGCAACAACAGCCGGCAAUUAUAAGUACAACAACAACAACAGGAGUAGCAGCAGCCACUGCGGCAACUUCGUUGGUAAUAAACUCGACGGCAUCGCCAGCAGCAGCAGCAGCAACAGCAACAGCAGCAGGAGCAGCUGAACAAGUUGUAGAAGAGUCAUUAAAAGCCGCAACAGCAGCAACAGAGGCAGCAGCAACACCAGCAGAUAAACAGGAAACAGUUGCAGUUGCUCCUCUAUCCCUGCCCCUGCCCCUGCCUCUGGCACUGCCACUGACACUGUCUCGACCGCUGACCAUCCGCAAGACGGGAAAAAUUUCAAAAAUUCCAAAGGAACCCGAAGAAUUGAAAGCCAAGAAGAAGGCAAAGUGUGAAGCCGCAACAGCAGCAGCAACAGCAGCCACACCAACGCCACCGGCAGCAGCGGCGGCAACAUCAGCCACUAAUUACGAAAAAAUGCCAAUGAAUUUGAUGAUUGUGGAAAGUGUUGAGACAGUCGAUAUGGGAUCAUCGGACAAUGACAACGAGACAACGGAGCAGGUACCGUUGGUGAGUGCCAGUCGACGGAAUCUGGCCAAAAUCGUAGCCGAUUGUCGGCUCCAAAUCGAAAUAGAGCCAACAACAGCAGCAGCGCCACCAGCCGCCACAUCCACAACAUCCAAAGUUGCAACAGAUCUAGCAACAGCGACAGCAAAAGAUAUAGCAGAAAAAACAACGUCUUCGUCGGCAUCGUCAUCGGCUUCUACAUCAUCUUCCAGCUCAACAUCCUCAGAAUUUACGCACACAUCACAAACGACAAUACCAAGUACGGAUAAUCUAACGUCAUCCAAUGGCCUGGCCAAUAUGGGCAAAAGCAUUUUAGUCGAUGCCAAAAGUGGCACGCCAGCAUCUUUGGCGUAUCCUUUCCUGAGUGGCCCGACACCGAUUGCCCCAACAGCCGGGGCGCCACAACAGCAGCCACCACAUCAGCCAGCAACCCCACCCACGCUACAGCUAACCUUUCAGAAUCUGAAUGUCUUGCACAACGAACGCAAAAUACUUUCCGAUGUGAGUGGAUUUGUCAGUCCCUGCGAGGUGCUAGCCGUGAUGGGGCCCUCGGGCAGCGGCAAGACCACGCUUCUGGACUGCCUCAGCGGACAGCGGCACAUUGACAGCGGCAGCGUCUUCCUCAACCGGGAGCCGCUCUCGAAGAAGUGGCGCCGCCGGAUCGGCUAUGUCCUGCAGGAGGAGAUCUUUUUCCCGCAGCUAACGCUCAGGGAGACGGUGGUCUACACAGCGCUGCUGCGCCUGCCCGAGUCCAUGCCGCGGGCGGAGAAGAUGCGACAAGUGGAUCACAUACUUGAGGCCCUGGAGUUGGGCUGCUGUCAGCAGACACGCUUCGGUGACUAUCUCAAUCGGGGUCUUUCCGGGGGCGAAAAGAAGCGGGCCAACAUAGCCUGCGAGCUGCUGACGAAUCCUUUGCUUAUGCUCUUGGAUGAGCCCACCUCUGGGCUGGACAGCCACUCGGCGAUUUCGCUGAUGAAGGUGCUCAAGAGGUACGCCCAGCUGGAGCAGAAGACGAUUGUGAUAAGCGUGCACCAGCCCUCGUCGCAGAUGUUCCAUAUGUUCGACAAGCUGCUACUGCUCCAUCAGGGCCGCACCGCCUACUUUGGGGACGUGCACAACAUUUACAGGCACUUUGAGGAUAUCGGUGUCACCAUCAAGCCGCACUACAAUCCCGCUGACUUUGUCUUGGAGCAAUUGAAGUCCCAUCCGGAUAUUCGCGAGAAGCUGUUCGUAGCCGCCAAGGAAUCUCAUGGCAACUAUUUGAACCGCAAUUGCAUCACCAGCAGCCACCAUCCGUGUGGAGAGUCCAAGGUCAAGAAGCAGACGGACAGCAUCCUAAUCGACGACAUAAUCAACAACUACUACAACCAGCAUCACCACAGCACGCAUCACCAUCUCCACCAGCCCCACCAUCACCAUCAUCAUCACCAUCACCAGUACGAAAACCUACAUCACACAAGCAGUGGCUGCCAGGUGGAGGAGGACGAAGAGGCAGCCCAACACUUGGUCUGGUGCGGUGCCGACUCGCAGUCAAACUUCAGUUCCUGUGCCUCCAGUGACUGCCACUCGUACAGUGCCGGCAGCGGCGGACCGAGCCAUACCGGGGAUGAGGACUGGCUGUCGUAUCCCACAAGCUUUCACACUCAGUUCUGUGUCCUGUCUAGCCGCAACUUCAAGGAGGCCAAGCCCCGUAUGCUCUCCAAGCUCAAUUGGUUCCAGACAAUCGGUCUGGCUCUGAUGGCAGGCGCCAUUUGGUUCCAGCUGCCCCGCACCGAGGAGUUCCUGCACGACCUGCAAGGCUGGAUGUUCUUCUCGCAGACCUAUUGGAUGCUCUUUGCUCUGUUCGGUGCUCUUAAUUCAUUCCCCUCUGAGCGUGAGGUCAUUAGCAAGGAGCGUCGCUCGGGCGCCUACCGCCUGUCCGCCUAUUAUCUGGCCAAGAUGUGUGCCGAACUGCCCCUGGUGGUCACGCUGCCCACUGUCUACCUCAUGAUAAGCUAUCCCAUGCUGGGCUGCACAAGCCUAAAACUGUUCUUCCUGAUGCUCAUCUUCCUGCUCAUCAAUACCAUUGUGGCGCAGAGCGUGGGCUUCUUUAUAGGCGCCUGCUGCAUGGACAUGAACGUGAGCAUCACGCUCAGUGCCCUAUACACGCUGGCCACCCAGCUCUUUGGCGGCUAUCUGUCGUCACGCAUUCCGGAGGGCCUGAGCUGGAUACGCUACACGUCCAUGAUCCACUACGCCUAUCAGAAUAUGCAGAUACUGGAGUUUCGCGAGGGUCCGGCUGUUAGGUGCGGCUCGCCUAGUAGCUAUGAGAUAUGCAAACAGCAGACAACCGAAUUCAUUCCAUAUGAGGAAAUACUCAAAGCACAAAAUUCGACAUCACCGCUCUGGCUGAACACGCUCAUCCUAAUGAUGUUCUUUCUGGUGUUCCGCUGCCUGGGCUACGCGGUGCUGCGCUACUUGCGAUGCCCCAAAAAGACGUGAUAUCCACACGAAGGACUUCCCCCAAAAACGUAUACAUAUCUAUCCGAGAGCACGAGGAACGAGGACUAUACCAGUGAUACAUACGUCAAAUGCUAGACCAUUUAACUCGGAACAAAUUUUGCUAAAGUGCGCCAAUUUUGUGAUUCAGUUUACUUUUCAAGCCACACACACACACACACCAUUUAUUAUUACCUACUAUUAUUAUUAGCCCCAACUAUUACUAUUAUCAUUGUAGUGUCUAGGAUAUCUAGGAGAAGUGUUGGCCGCGGGAGAGGUCGAGAUCUGUAAACGGAAAUCUUUGUUUUGUUUUAUGCAUUUUAAUUGUUAGCCGUUUAAAUUAUUAUUCGCUAUGUUUUUUGCUGCAGAAUCAAGAGAGAGAGAGAGAGAUGAGUGGAAAGAGUAUGUUUUAAUGCACGUUUUAAAGUAACCCCCCGCCCCACGGCACCGUAUGUCUGGCCAAUUUUCCACAAAAAAAAACACACACACACAUACGAGUAUAUGUAAAUCUA